AUGAGAGGACCAAAGAAGCAUCUUAAGCGUCUUGCUGCCCCAAAGCACUGGAUGCUCGACAAACUCGGAGGAGUUUUCGCCGUUCGUCCAAACCCAGGACCACACAAGCUUCGUGAGUCUCUCCCACUCAGCUUGUUCCUCCGUAACCGUCUGAAGUACGCUCUCAACUACACCGAGGCCAAGAAGAUCCUCACCCAGAGAAUUGUCCGCGUCGACGGAAAGGUCAGAACCUGCCACAAGUUCCCAACUGGAUUCAUGGAUGUUGUCGCCAUCGACCGCACCAACGAGUAUUUCCGUAUGCUCUACGAUACCAAGGGACGUUACAUCGUCCACAGAAUCCAAGCUGCUGAGGCUGACUUCAAGCUCUGCAAGGUCAGAUCUGUCCGCACACUCAACAAGGGAGUCCCAGUCCUCACCACCACUGACGGACGCACCAUCCGUUACCCAGACCCACAUGUCAAGGUCAACGAUACCAUCGUCUUCAACAUCAACACCCAGAAGAUCUCCGACUUCGUCAAGUUCGAGCCAGGAAACUUGGCCUACGUCACCGGAGGACGUAACGUUGGUCGUAUCGGAAUCAUCGGACAUCGUGAGCGUCUCCCAGGAGCAUCUGACAUCAUCCACAUUAAGGAUUCUGCUGGACACUCCUUCGCCACUCGCAUUUCCAACGUCUUCGUCAUUGGAAAAGGAAACAAGGCCCUCGUCUCCCUUCCAUCUGGAAACGGAGUCCGUCUUUCCAUCGCUGAGGAGCGUGACAAGCGUAUCGCCCAAAAGCAUUAA